GUGGGGCGCGCGAGUGGCUCGCGUCGCUCCGGCAUUCGCAGCGGCGUCAAGCAGGGGGGCGCCAUCAGCCCCAUGCUGUUCUGCGCUGGCCUGGAGCUCGCGCUCUCGAGGUGGAAGCUCUCUCUUCGCAGUCGUGGGCUUGAUGUGGGCGGCGGGUCCUGCGAGAGGCUCCCCCGUGGCGAACUGUGCGACGUGGUAGAAAUCCUGCGCGUUGAACUCCGCCGGGUCGGCAUGGGCCUCAGCGCCGCGAGUGCUACAGUCAUGGCGGCGGAGGCCGCCCAGGGCAAGUUCCAUGGGUGGUGGGGCAUUCUUACCGAUGGGCAGUUUUCCAUCCCUCGCCGCCUUAAACUUCUCGGUUCCGUCGCGAAACCUACGGUCCUGUUCGGUCUGCCAACGCUUGCCCCGACGAUGCGCCUGAAGGAGCAGCUGGGCGUUCUUCAAGGACGCAUGCUGCGCUUGAUUGCGGGCUGGGCGCGGCUCGACGACGAAGACUGGAACGUUGCGAUGUGUCGAAUGAACGACCAAGUCGACAGAGCUCCGUCGUCUUACCCAGUUCAGAGUUGGCGGGGAAUGUUGGCCCACCUGCAGUGCAAUUUCGCCGGCCAGCUUGGACAGUAA